AUGAAACCAAAGCUAGUCGAAGGAUGUUAUGGAUGCGCGCUUUUGGCUAGGGUGUUCGAAGUGCCGUUCAAUUCGGUGCGUCGUUAUCACCUGGUUGUUGCGCGCGAUCUAACACAGCCAUCAGAAGAGGAUUUGGCAAAGCUAAAGCAGUUCGAUGGUGGAGCCAUUUUCGUAGUGAUGAUCAAAGGCGCACCCGAAGUUGUGUUGGAAAGUUGCAGUUACUUGCAAAUACGUCACGAACGCGUACCCAUCGAUAAGGAACUUCGUGAGGAGUGCCAGGUGAAUUAG